GGCCAUGGAGCGGGCGGCCCCCUCAGCCGCCUACCGGAUGUGCCUCCUCAUGGCGGCCCUGGCGACGGGGGCGGAGGCAUUACAGUGUUUCUGCCACCUCUGUACAAAAGACAACUUUACGUGUGUAACAGACGGACUCUGCUUCGCCUCAAUAACCGAGACGGCAGACAAAGUUAUUCACAAUAGCAUGUGCAUCGCAGAAAAGGAUCUGAUUCCCCGAGACAGGCCGUUUGUGUGUGCACCCUCCGCUAAGGAUGGGAUAGUGACCAAACCGUAUUGCUGUGACACAGAUCACUGCAACAAGAUAGAGCUGCCCACCACAGGCCCUCCUCGCGAGAAGCUGUCUCCUAGCUUAGGUCCGGUGGAGUUGGCCGCCGUCAUCGCCGGACCCGUCUGCUUCGUCUGCAUUUCCCUCAUGCUCAUCUUGUACAUCUGUCACAAUCGGCCCGCCAUCCACAUCCGGGUUCCAAACGAAGAAGACCCCUCCUUAGAUCGCCCUUUCAUCUCCGAGGGCACCACGUUGAAAGACUUAAUUUACGACAUGACCACGUCGGGAUCGGGGUCAGGUUUACCCUUACUCGUUCAAAGGACAAUUGCAAGGACCAUCGUGUUGCAAGAAAGCAUAGGGAAAGGUCGCUUCGGAGAAGUCUGGCGAGGAAAAUGGCGAGGAGAAGAAGUUGCUGUGAAAAUAUUUUCCUCGAGAGAAGAACGGUCCUGGUUCCGCGAGGCAGAGAUUUAUCAGACGGUGAUGUUGCGUCAUGAAAACAUUCUGGGAUUCAUCGCAGCUGACAAUAAAGACAAUGGUACGUGGACUCAGCUCUGGUUGGUGUCUGAUUAUCAUGAACAUGGAUCCCUUUUUGAUUAUUUAAACAGAUAUACCGUCACCGUGGAAGGAAUGAUCAAGUUAGCUCUGUCCACCGCCAGUGGACUGGCACAUCUUCACAUGGAGAUUGUCGGUACCCAAGGAAAGCCAGCUAUUGCCCACAGAGAUUUGAAAUCCAAAAACAUCUUAGUCAAGAAGAACGGGACAUGCUGCAUUGCCGACUUGGGAUUGGCAGUAAGACACGAUUCAGCCACAGAUACAAUCGAUAUUGCCCCGAACCACCGAGUGGGAACUAAAAGGUACAUGGCCCCUGAAGUUCUAGAUGAUUCCAUAAAUAUGAAACACUUUGAAUCAUUCAAACGAGCUGACAUCUAUGCAAUGGGAUUAGUGUUCUGGGAAAUAGCUCGGCGCUGUUCAGUUGGUGGAAUUCAUGAAGACUACCAGUUGCCCUACCAUGACCUGGUACCUUCGGAUCCCUCGGUUGAAGAGAUGCGGAAGAUCGUUUGCGAACAGAAGCUUCGGCCCAAUAUCCCCAACCGGUGGCAGAGCGGCGAAGCCUUGCGCGUGAUGGCCAAAAUUAUGCGGGAGUGUUGGUACGCCAAUGGGGCCGCGAGGCUCACAGCUUUACGCAUUAAGAAAACUUUGUCACAGCUCAGCCAGCAGGAGGGCAUAAAAAUGUAAAUCCUCGGAUUCCAGCUGGCGAACAUUUUGCAGCUCCAGAGCGGUCCCGGGCUCUUUCCUCGGAAGGCCGAGGGAAGAGGAAGUUACUGCCAACUUUUGAAACUUCAAAAGAACGCCACUUGCCAACCCCGGGAUUUCUGCGGGCACAGCCGGCCGCUGGGUGGGUCCUUUCUGUGCACUAUGGACACCUCUUCCCCAGGACAAUUUACAGAACGGUGUAGAAUCUAGCUUUAUUUUUAUUAACAUGAAAUUUGUUUUUAAAAAUGUUUAUUGCUGGUCUUAACUUUAGUUAAUGGCUGAAAAUAUGAAGAUCCUCUUUUUAAGGUAGUUUAGCGGGUUCACUAAAUUAUACAGUGCAUUAUUGUUGUUCUUCAAGACGCGAUUUCCUCUCGGUGAGUUCAUUCUGAGUGUGCCGAUUCAGAGUUUGAAUGUGCUGCAGGAUAGACCUGUCUGGAUCUUAACCCAUCUUGAAAACUCUUAUCUUGAGUCUAAACAUUGACCUCAUGCAGUAGGGAGAACGUAAUUUAUGCAAUUAUAUUUUCUAUACUAUUAUUGUUCCUCCAUUGAUUUGAAACAUGACAUGCCUUCGAAAGAAUUACCACACCAGUAAGUGCCACUUUGUGUCUUUCUAAUGCAAAUUAGCGUAUAAGAAUCUCGUGGUUUCAACUUGAUAGCAGUUGAAUUCAACAGUCCUCUUAGUUGAAAGAAGGAAUUUGCACCUUUUCUCUCUCUCUCUUUUUUUUUUUUUUUGGCCUUCUCAGAAUUCCUUUCAAACCACCAAAAUGUGGAAACUAAGUAGCAUAUCCAUUCAGUCCGUGUUAUGGUCACAUGAUGAUAAUAAUAAGUACAUUGCACGAUUGAGUUUUAAUCACGAUGUCUAAUAAGAAGUAUAUUUUAUGCAGCGCGCUCUUUAAAUGCUCAGAGUAAGUUGUUAACCAUCGAAGUAGUAGUCUGAAAUGUAAGUUUUAGGGAGCCUGAUUCUUCUGGGGCCUCAAGUGAGUCCCCGGUAGCGGGUCAGCCCUGUUAUGGCCUGAAAAGAGUUAAGGCUCCUCCCAAGGUGCCACCUUCAGAUCGGGAAUCCCUGACAGCCUUGGAAAAAUCUUGGAACUACUGGCCGGAAGCAUCAAAUUUUUUUUUUUUCUGUUUGUCGGGGGGCGGGAGGAGGGGACAGAGAAGUGCGUCUUUUGCGCUCUCAUUCUCUGAGCGAAGAACAGUGUUACUUGGUGGGGGAGGUGGGCAGGCAGGGGUGCAUGGAACAUGAAUUAGAUCUAAAGUGGAAGUGAGUGUUAAGCCCCUUAGAAGGGUUGUUGUUGGUUGGUGCAUCUAGAACCCAGGCGUCGAAGUUCCCGGGCCACCCCCGUGUCCGAGGAACGUGGAUUGGCCGAACGGCAGCUCUCCGUCCGCCAGAAAACUACCGGCCGGGUCCAGCCCGGCGUGGGAUUUUGCAAAACUCGGUGCCCCCGAAGCAGAAACACAACCAGUCCCGAGGAAGGCGUCAAGUCACUCCUGGGCUUGGCCGUAGGCCGAGCCUCCAAAGUCAGUCUGGGGACACGGAGCAGGGAUUGUGUUGUACUAGCUCCGCUGUACUCUCCCAAGCGCUUAGUAGUAAUAAUAAUAAU